AUGCCAUUCAUCCUUGUGAUUUUGGCUUUUGUUGCCAUUGUCGGGCUUUUAUUUCGACUCUACGCGAAUCACAAAUUAAAUUAUUGGAAGCGGCGCGGAGUCGAGCAGUUAUCAACUUCAAACUUCAUUUUCGGCAACUUCAAGGAUGCCGUAUUAUUUCAAACUUCGCCAGGUUGGCAUCUCGGUAAUAUACACAAGGCAGCUCCAAACAAGAAUGCACCUUACAUCGGGUUUUACAUUUUCCACAAACCGUGCCUUAUGCUGCGAGAUCCCAAGAUCAUUAAGCAAAUUCUUAUCCGGGACUUUGAUAACUUUUGUGAUCGUCACUUUGCGGGCUCGCAGCAGAAGGACAGCAUUGGCAUGAAGAAUUUGUUUGGACUAAAAAACCCGGCGUGGAGAUAUUUACGGUCGAAAAUCACUCCGACGCUGACGACAACUAAACUCAAGCAGAUGUUACCACUGAUGAUACAGACGGGUAAACCGAUGAUGGAGUAUCUUGAGUCGCAAGGCAUCGAUGACAAGAGUGAGAAAGUGAUCGACGCGCAAGAAAUGAAUUAUAAAUAUACAACGGAUUUGAUUGCGAAUAUUGCUCUUGGUACACCAAUGGAUUCUUUCCAUUACCCUAAUGAAGAAUUCACUAAAGCAGUUUACCAGUUUUUCCAUGGAUUCAAGCGAAUGGUUGCUUUGGUGACAGUAUUCUUCAUGCCAGAAUUAGUAGAACUGAUAGGUCCUUCCAUGUUAUUCAAUUCCCAAUUUGUAAGAAAGGUGUUUUGGGAAGCUAUGAAUAGUCGGGAGAAAAGUGGAGAAAAAAGAGGAGACUACAUUGACUCUCUCAUUCAGUUAAAGAAUGGUGAACAAAAUCCUGAAUACAAAUUUGAAGGCGAAAAUUUAUUGUUUCAAUCUGGGACCUUUUUUUCUGGCUUCGAAUCGAGUGCAACGGCAACAGCAUUCACGUUGAUGGAACUUGCGGCAAAACCCGAGGUGCAAGAACGAGCACGUCAAAAUAUCAACCGCGCAAUUGAAAAACAUGGAAUGACUUAUGAGGCUUUCAAAGACAUGAAAUAUGUUGAUCAGUGCUUAGCUGAAGGUGUAAGGCUACAUCCUCCCGUGUCGACUAUAGAUAGAUAUACUAAAGCAGACUAUAAGAUUCCUGGCACGGAUAUUAUUAUCGAGAAAGGAACUGCGAUUUAUAUAUCACUUUAUGGAAUACAAGAAGAUCCAAGAUUUUUCGAAAGACCAGAAGAAUUCGAUCCAGAACGACAUUCUGACGAUAGCGAAACUUCAGAAGCUUAUAUUCCGUUUGGUAUCGGGCCAAGAAUGUGUGUCGGCAUGAAGGUUGGACAGCUACAUGCUAAAGUUGUACUUGCCAUGAUUUUACGGGAGUAUACUGUGACGCAACACCUGGAAAAUAAAUUAGUUCUAGAUCCAAGGUCUACAUUCACUGCAGCAGCCGAUGGAAUAAAUCUUCACUUUAGAAAAGUUGCUAAAUAA